UUUUCCUUUUGCAAGCUCUAGCCUUUCGUGGACAUGAUGAGUCUAAAACAUCAAGAAAUAAAGGGAACUUUAUGGAGAUGCUCGAAUGGUACAGAAAGAAGGAUCCUAAGGCUGCACUUGUGACUGGUGAAAAUGCUCCAGAGAAUAAUCAAAUGAGUAGUCCAAUGGUUCAGAAAGAUUUGGCUAGGGCUUGUGCAGAGGAGACAAGUGAGUUAAUUAAAAGUGAAAUAGGAGAUCGUUGUUUUGCGGUUCUUGUCGACGAGGCUCGUGAUGCAUCUAUUAAGGAAUAAAUGGCUGUGGUUGUGAGGUUUGUCAAUGAUAAAGGAAGUGUGAUUGAGAGGUUUCUCGGCAUUAAACAUGUUUCUGACACCACAUCAACUUCACUAAAAGAAGCAUUGGAUACUAUGCUUAGAAGAUAUGGUCUAUCUAUUUUCAAGAUUAGAGGGCAAGGAUAUGAUGGAGCUUCAAAUAUGAGAGGACAAUUUCAUGGGUUACAGAGACUGGUAUUGAACGAAAACCCAUAUGCCUUUUACAUCCAUUGUUUUGCUCAUCAAUUGCAGCUUGUGGUAGUUUCUGUAGCCAAGUGUUGUGGCUCAACUUUUGAUUUCUUCAAUUAUGUCACUUCAAUUGUCAAUGUUGUUAGUGCUUCUUGCAAGAGGAAAGAUCAACUCCUUCAAAGUCAUCAUGAUAAGCUUGUUGAGCAGUUAGAUAGUAGUGCUAUUUUUUCUGGGAGAGGGAAAAACCAAGAAACUAGUCUUGCUAGGCCUGGUGAUACACGGUGGGGUACACAUCACAAAAUAUUGGCACGUCUUAUGAUCAUGUGCUCCUCUGUACUUGAGGUGUUGGAGAAUAUUAGUGAAGAUGGAACUGAUGGUGAAAAAAAAACUACAGCCUCUGGAUUGAUUCAAAGAAUGGAGUCAUUUGAAUUUGUGUUCAUAUUACAUCUUAUGAUUAGAGUAUUGGGGAUGACUCAAGACUUGUCACAAUGUUUGCAAAAGAAAAAUCAAAACAUUGUUCGUGCAAUAGGAUUAAUUGGCUCUGUGAUGAGAAAUAUGAAUGAAAUGAGGGAAAAUGGUUGGGAUGCUCUUUUUGAAGAAGUAAAGGAGUUUUGCCUCCUCAACAACAUAGAAAUUCCUAAUAUGGAAGAUAUGAUACCAGUUAGAGGUCGUUCGAGAUGUCGUGGUGCUAAACUAGUGAGUUACUACCAUCAUUUUCAUCAUGGAAUUUUCAAUGUUGUGAUUGAUCAAGUUUAUUGUGAGUUAAACAAUCGAUUUCCAGAAAGAUCAACUCAACUCUUGAGAUGCGUUGCUUGUCUUGAUCCGAGGGAUUCUUUGCCAACUUGA